UAUAAAGCCGUUCUUGAGGAUACUCCGCCAUGUGCUCGACAAAAUGCGUCAACCAAUCUAACCACGUCACACCAAGGCCCUUUAACUUCGGCAACAUUGACUCCAGGACAUGACGCUGUGCAAAAGAUAACAGGUAUGACUUUGUUCAUUCCAUCAUAUUACCCGACUCUUAUCUCCAAGCAGCAACUCUUUGCAAGGAUUGUUGGUGGACUCGGUGGUAGAGCUGCUGAAGAAGUCAUCUUUGGUGAGCCCGAAGUGACUACUGGCGCCGUUGGUAACUUGAAACAGAUCACCGGUUUGGCCAAGCAGAUGGUAACAACAUUUGGAAUGUCUGAGAUUAGAUCAUGGUGGUUGAUGGAUUCAUCGGCUCAAAGUGAUGUCAUCAUGAAAAACUCCAUGUCCGAGAGGCUUGCAGAUGAAAUUGAUUCUGCAGUGAAGAAACUAUAUGAGAUAGCUUUAAGCGACAUAAAGAACAAUCGUGAAGCCAUGGAUAAGCUUGUUAAAGUGCUUCUCGAGAAAGAAACUAUUAGAGGCGACGAAUUCCGGACUAUUCUCUCGGAGUAUACUGAGAUCCUGCCGGAAAAUCGGGUUCCUGUUUCGACAACAUCAACUCCAACCUCAACACCAACACCAUCUUCUGUCCAGAAG